AUGGGGGCCGACGGUAUAAAGUCGCAUGGGCCCGUCAGCUGGCCAAAAAAUGGCUAUGUAAUUGCCGUGGGCAUGCGAGAGUCCGAACUACCAUCCGCGCCGAGCGCGAUUGCGAGCUCCCUCCCUCCCUCCCUCCCUCCCUCGUGCAUAGCUCGCGCACGCAUGUUCGACCAAGAGCCCAGCAUAGCGGAUGUCCAUCGGCCCAUCGGCUCCCUGAAGGAACUUCUUGAGUGA